CUUGCCACAGUGCCACUACCACUGCCAAGUCAACCCACGGUUACCCACCCAGUAUAUCCAAGAUGGCGGAAGGUGAAGGAUUGUCGGUGGCGCCUCUCCGCAGCCUGGACGACUUCCUGCUGGAGUCUGCCAGGUUCCAGAUCCCCAACUUGAAGGACCCGGACAAAUGGGCCAACAGGGUGAUACAAAAUCUGCUGUACUACCAGACCAACUACUUCCUCACCUACCUUGUCAUCUUCGCCGUGGUUGGAGUAAUCCAUCCCACCAAGAUGUUCUGUGGCAUGACAGCAGUGGGUCUUGCCUUUGGUCUCUUCUACUACAUGACCAACAGCAAGCAACCAGCAGCUGAGUUUAAGAAGAACCACCCUGUGCUGUCCUUACUGGCAAUAGUGCUGGGGGCCUACUUUGUGGUGUACCUGCUCGGCUCUGUGGUGGUGUUCCUCAUGGGUAUCUUGCUCCCCAUCACUGUAAUCUUCCUCCAUGCAUCGAUGAGACUACGCAAUCUCAAGAACAAGUUGAUGAACAAAGUAGAAUAUCUGGGAAUGAAGAAGACCCCCAUGGGAGUCAUCCUAGAUGCUCUUGGCCUGGAACAAGACUUCUUCACGUCCAAGGUGACUCUUGACAGUGGAAGUGCAAAGUUCGUGGACGACCUGAUGAACAACAUGACUACAAAGCUGAAGUCCACCAUGAACAGUGACAGUGCAAAGCUCCUGAAAGAUUUGAUGAACGACAAACCUACUAAAUUUAAAUAAGCACAACCUCCCCUCUUGCUUCCCAUUAAUUCAUUGUUCACAAUGCUUUUGCUGUGCUUGAAACUGUUUAUCCAUCCAUGUUGCUUUUGUCACCAAUGCAUCUAUCAUACAAUUUGUUUAAUGUACUUUAGUGAUGAUGGUUCUUUAUAGAUAAAUAUUCAAAUAAUUGUGAUACAUUACUGUAUAAUAUAUAAAUAAUUAAUUAGAAAAAUGUUGUACAUGUAUGUAUAGGGUAUGAGCAUUUUUUUUCCCCAUGUACUUAAGUGCUCCAAUACAUCAACACUGACCACACCUACUUUUAUGAUACCUACUGCAGGGUAGGACAGACUUGUUUCAAAACAGAUAGUUCUUAAUCCUUUGUCCAAAAACUGGAAACUUUUAUGUAAUAUAGUGAACUUGAAGAGUUGUUAUUGCAAUUCAAUCUGUUGGGGAAUAGAACAGGAUUACAAAUAAUAAUUGACAUUGGGAAAACCUUGUGUAAGGAGAGACAUGCAUGCUACAUACUUUUAUGUGUAAACUGUGCUCUUAAUUUAUUUUUACACAGUAAACAAUACUGAAAAGAAUAAAGAAAUUUGCAGUUUCACCCACCAUGGAAUCUAUGAUGAUGUGGCUUAUUAAAAAGGAGAAAUAUAGUGAACUGAUUUUGGUAAAUAUCAUUUCCGUUGCAAAUGGAUUUUUCGAGUUUUGACUUUUUCAACUCCAACUUAUGCCUACUUCUCAUUCCCAAUGAUCUUGGGGAAUCUGGGAAAUAGGGGUUUUUGGGUGGGAGAGCAUUAAAUUGAGUAAUGUGUGCUGCAAAAGAGAUUGAAAAUCAACAAAAUCAUAUAAAAAAAUCUCUGGAAAUAGUUUGAUGGCGGCAGCAGUCGCAGUUAUGAUGAGUGUUGCUUUGUUAUACCAUCGAUCAGUUCAUUACAUUUCUAACCAGAAUAACAUAUCACAGAUUCCACAGUUGCGUGAAACUACAAAUUUACCUAAAAUAAAUAAUGGUAAUAAAUGGAUAAAAAGAAAAUUAAAUUAUACAUCAAAAUGAAAUGGGAGAGGGAGGCUUUAGGAGUGGUCAAACUUGUGAUUGUGACAUCAGAACCAUUAACAAACUUAGGGCAUGAGGUUUCUUGAAUUAAAAUUUACUAAAUAUAAUAAAAGAACAUUCCUUGAUGUGUUCAGCAACCUAGUCUUCUUACAAUAGCAUUACAAUAUGCAAAACUGAUCAAAAUGGAAAGAAACAAUAUGCAAAACUGAUCAGUAUUGCAAGUUGAAAUUAUCUGAAAUUUUUAUUUUAUGAUUUACAAACUUGUGAGGUAUCAGGUAAACAUCUUGUGAUCGGGAUACCACCCAGAUGAGAAGUGAGGUAUUGAUGGUUGAUGGCUUUCAAUAUGAUACUGAGAGCAUUAUAAUAAUUUAGUAAAAUAAAAUUAAUGUGAUAGAGACAGAUGCAUCUUAUGGUAAAAUGAAACAAGUUUUCAUAUAAUAAACACUAUCGAAAAAAAUCUAAAACUAAGAAAUAAUCUUCAUUAGGUACUAAUACUUUAUAAUGGUUGUGACCAAGUAAUGAAAUGGUUGUGAAAUUGGAGAUCUGACAUCUGGAGAACCUCACAUCUCCAAUUUAUGCCAAAGCUUGCAGUCAACUAGUGAAUGUUAUCCAAUGUGAUAUUUUGGGGGUACCCAGAACCAUAGCUCCACUGCUGAGUUUUAUUACAAAGUACGUGCGAAGCGGUAACACGGAGACCCAACAGGUAUUACAGAUGAACCUGACUUGUAGGCAGGAAGGCAGCCAGCCAGCAAGUGACCUGUGCUGCUCUGACCGGGCUAUGUAUAUGGUAGGAUAGGUGAUGGUGAACAGGCGUGUUAACAAGCUUAGGGUACUUCGUUGGUAAUAACAAUCCAAUGAUAAUCUUAACUCGUAGGCGAACACUCGGCAGUUUGUACAUAAAAACCCUAUUACUAUAUUUACAGUUUUACACCACAGUACUCCCCCUGGAAGUACGGAGUACCAAGACAUUACAAGCAAAACUGAACACAUACCCCAAAUGAACAUCAACCAAAAAAAAAAUAAAUAAAUAAAUAAAUAAACAUGAAACAUAUAGAGACUUCACAUAAAUAUCACAAAAGUGUGUACACAAUAACAAUCAAAAGUAGUGAUACUCUGGGUCGACACGAAAACGCACUACCCUACCGGAACGCGUACGUUGAGGAGAGCUAGAAACAAGGUCUGGAAAAGGAGGAAUAGAAAGAGAGGAAGGAGAGACAAGAGGAUUACUUAAAGAACUGCUGCAAUCUACACUCGCACGGGGAACAAGGAACGGGUCCUUCGGCAGCUCAUAGGCAGGCUUAAGGCGAUCAAUAGAAACUGCCGUUUCCCCCUGAGAAAGCUGAAGAAGGAAGUACUUUUGUUCUCUCCGAACAACAUCGUACGGACCAGUAUAAGGUGCCUCCAAACUCUUCCGAACACGGUCAACACGCACCCAGACCCGAGGGCACGUACGCAAGUCUUUAGGGACAUAAGAAUCACUACGAGUGUGACAGUCACCAGCUGCAAAGGAUUCAAAAUUUAUAGCCCUCAUUUCCUUGAUGAAGAACUGCAAGGUGUCAUCGGUAGUAUGAGUCUGUGAAGCAUCAGAAAACAGCAGGUGAGGACACAUCAUGUAUGCCCCUGUAACAGCAGUAAAAGGCGAAAAAUUAGAACUAUUUGGCAUCAUACGGAAGCCUAAUAAAACCAUGGGGAGGGCAGUAAACCAGUUUUCCUUCCGCACUCUAAUAGCCGCCUUCAGGCGUCUAUGAUGCCUUUCAAGGACACCAUUAGACUGGGGGUGAUAACUCAUUGUGCGAACAUGAUGAAAUCCCACUAGGGAAGCCAGAUCGGAAAAUAACUCUCCCUCAAACUGAGCGCCCCUCUCAGUCAUCACAUGAAGGGGAACGCCAAACACGUCACCCAGCCGUUCACAAAUGCAAUCGCGACAGAGGUCGAGGUGAUAUUGACAAGGGGAAUGGCCUCUGGCCACCGCGUAGCCCUGUCAAUACACGUCAAAAGAUACUUAAAUGGCAAGGAAUAAGGAUAAUUAGGCAGUUCCGCAGAAGGGAAGGGACCCACAAUAUCAAUAUGAACAGUCUGAAAUCUAUCCGUUGGUGCACUAAUAGUUGUGACAGGUGCGCGUACAUGUCUGUGAAUUUUAGAAUCUUGGCAAGGAAGGCAAUGCUUGAUAAAGUCUUGUACAUGUUUAUCAAUGUUUGGCCAAAAGAACCGUUCUUUAACUAACCUUGCAGUAUACUUAAGCCCAUGGUGAGAAAUAUUAUGCAAAGAUGAAAUAACUGCACCCGUAAGAGAGGCUGGCACAAAAGGUCUAGGAGAAGCUGUUGAUCUAUCACACCACAAUGUAAGAUCAUGGGAAACAUCAUAUUUAACCAAGCGCUCUCUAUAAUCUUGAAGAUCAGCAUCAUCCAGUUGAGCUCUCGCUAUACCAUGGAGAUCAAAAACAUCCAGUGACUGCAUGAGUUGACCGAGACAGACAAUCUGCAAUAUUAUUGUCACCACAAAUAUAAUGAAGUGAGGUUACAAAUUCAGAAAUAAAGGACAGUUGGCACUGUUGGCGAUCAGAUUUAGGUAUAGACUUAGAAUAGAAAGCAGACAAUAGGUUUAUGAUCCAGGAAAAGCGUUACAUCAUGAUCAUCUAUAACAGAUAAAAAAUGCAGCACAGCAAGAUAAGCUGCUUAGAGUUCUCUAUCAUAUGUUGAGUAAGUUUUCUGGACAUUACACAAUUUCUUAGAGAAAAACACUAUAGGCGAUGGUUUAGCGUCCACCAUUUGGUAGAGUGCUGCACCAACAGCCAGGCCAGAACUGUCAGUUACAAGUUGGUAUUGAGUGGAGGAAGUAGAGGGAUAAACUAGAGUAGGACAGUCAAGUAAAGCUUGCUUCAAACAAUCAAAAGAGGCUCUAGCUGAAUCUGACCAAUGGAGAGAAUUAGUAGAAUGGUUAUGUCUCAACAAUUCUGUUACCAGAUGAGCUAUUUCAGCAAACCUUAGGAUCAUUUGCUGGAAGAAGUUGAGCAUACCCAUAAACUGUCUCAGCUCCUUAGAUGUUCCAGGUAAGGGGGAAUUCUGAUAUAACAGCAACUUUAUCAGGCGGUGGUCGAACUCCAACAGGACUCACCUCAUAUCCUAGAAAACUCAAUACAGGUUUAAAGAAAGUACAUUUGUUCACAUUCAGCCUUAGUUUGUGCUUAGAAAGUAUUGCAAGAAUAUUAUCUGUCAGUAAGGUGUUCCUCAAUCGAGGUACUAGCCACAAGGAUGUCAUGAAGAUAACAAAAAACAUUAUCAGUGUUGGCUAGAAUACUAUCCAUGAACCUCUGAAAGGUGGCCCCUGCAUUCUUAACACCAAAAGGCAUGUAUUUAUACUCAAAGAGCCCAAAAGGUGUACAGACUGCAAAGUCUUAGCAAUGUCACAGGCAGCAACUGGGAUUUGUAGAUAAGCUCUCUGUAAAUCUAAUUUUGUAAACACAGUUUUACCAUCUAAAGACAUCGUUAACGAACGCAAAUGAGGAAUGGGAUACUUAUCGCUUACCGUGACACUGUUUAGACCCCUGUAAUCACCGCACGGCCGCCAUGUGCCUGGCUCCUUCUUGGGAACGAGGUGGAGUGGCGACGCCCAAGGUGAAUUCGAUCUCUGAAUAAUACCAGCAUUUAACAAAAAUUUGAAUUCCUGUUUGGCUGCUUCAAGUUUCGUACCUGUGAGAGGUCUAACCUUGAAAUGAACUGGCGAGGAAUUUCCAGUAUCUAUGUGAUGGGCAAUGGCUCCUUCCGCACAGUUUUCAGAGUGAAGCCGUAAUGGGGCUGUAAGUAUAGGAUACUUUAAAAGUAAAGAUUGAACAUUAGAGUCAUGAAUACCAUAAUCGAUACUGUAAGCUAGCAAUAAGGAACUUGAAGCUUUCAAGGGAAUUUUACUUUUGGUUGUUUGAUCAAAGAGUGUAUUACUUCGACAAUCCACAAGUAAAUUUUGAGCACUCAAAAAAUUUGUCCCAAGGAUGGGUUGUGUCACACUAGCCACCACAAAUAACCACAGGAAAGAACGCCGUAGGCGCUGAAUCCCGAGCUCCACACCACAUUGACUUUACCAUGACACUUAAUCACUUCCCCUGAGGCAUUAGUUAAAUUAACAUUAGUUGGUCUUAGGAAUGGCAACAUAUCACGGUGGUAAGGCAACAAUGAAAUAGAGGAACCAGUAUCUAUAAAAAAGGAAUAAGUCUUACAACCGAUUUUGGCACUAAUCUUAAGUGGCAAUCUGACAGUUGUUAAGUUCACAGAUUGCCCACCUAGUUUUCCGAAAAAUCAAGGAGUGGCUGGUUAGUACCUGGUCUGCUUGGUGAACGAGAAGGGGAUGACGAGCGUGAAGGCCACCGAGAACUUGGCAACACGUUGAGACCAACUUUUGAAGAAAACAGCAUGCACCAAGGUUUACAUGAUUUGGCAUUUUGUCCAUAAUAUAAAUGAUACCUACAUACCCGUGGCCUUUGCUUGUCGUGGAAAGCUCUAACACCAACUGGAAUAGAAAAGUGGGCAUAAUUUAUAGUUAUAUUUCUACCUGUUGGGUCUCUGUGUGAGUAUGAUGGUCUGGAUGUGUACACCUGAUUGACUUGGGCACCACAUGUCACGUUAUAAGACAUAAGGGUGUCUGAGACUCUGGCUAGCUCCUCCAAUGACAUACUGGUAUCAUAAGUAGCAAUCAGAGGCCUGAUGUUAUUUGGCAAGGCUUUUAUGAAUUUUAUUCUAAGAAAUUCCUCACCGAGAGCCAAUGGAGUUGCUAUCUUGCGUUGUUCACGCAAAUACUGAGUAGGUUUAGUGAACGAGAUUUGGUUCUGAGUCACUAAUGAAUCAAAAAGUUCUGGCUUAGACUGUGAGAAUAAAUUAGUCAAGGCUGUCUUGAGUUUGUCAUAACAAACGGAUUGAAUCACAUCAUCAUUCACCUGAUUAAGAACCCUAACAGGCAAAUUUGACAACACAUGGUGAAACUUGGUACUAGAUACUGUUAUAUUCGCCAAAAUGAACUGUAAUUCAAUGAUACUAAACCAUCUUGCUACUGCGGUCUCAUCAAACACUGGUGGCUUAACCGCCACAGCUGCAGCAGCUACGCUAGUGGUGUCACUCUUGACAGGAUCAGACAUUAUUGCAAGUCACUGUCACCAAAAAAUUUUUCCUUACGGUGCGUAAACGUGAUCACAGGCUAACACACUGCGCUGACGGUCCAACACAUCUGAAGCCGUGAGGAAUCGGGGUGCUUGGCAGGGUUUCGAUCAGUACCACUGUAGCAGAACGGAGUGUUGGUAUGUGCAACAGCCAGCUACACAAAUCUGGAAGACGUAAAUAGGUAACAAGCCGCCAUGUCACUCGUAACGACUGCCGCUUCACUCCCGGAUGUGUCGCUAUGUUCCCCGCCUGUCACACCGGUUGCCAGCCUGUCAGUCACUCCAAUCGCCGGCCCGUCACUCCGUGCGUCAGAGUCACUCCAGGGUCACCAAUUUUAGGGUAACCAGAACCAUAGCUCCACUGCUGAGUUUUAUUACAAAGUACGUGCGAAGCAGUAACACGGAGACCCAACAGGUAUUACAGAUGAACCUGACUUGUAGGCAGGAAGGCAGCCGGCCAGCAAGUGACCUGCGCUACUCUGACCGGAUUAUAUAUACAGUAGGAUAGGUGACGGUGAACAGGCGUGUUAACAAGCUUAGGGUACUUCGUUGGUAAUAACAAUCCAACGAUAAUCUUAACUCGUAGGUGAACACUCGGCAGUUUGUACAUAAAAACCCUAUUACUAUAUUUACAGUUUUACACCACAAUAUCAUGAUCAUAAGAUAUUAAUUCUUAGGUCUCUCACUAUACUUGGUGAAAUUACUAUUUGAAAAUACAUCUGAAUCAAACAACUUGUAACCAUGGAUGGUAUCAACCCUUCAUUCAAAGUGGGGAACACGUAAAUCAAUGAUCAUUGUAUGCUCAUAUUUGUAAUAACUUCACUUGUAAUAAUAGACAUAUUUGGUCUGUUCUCAAUGGAUGGUCAGAAAUGAAGUCUACUCAGCACCAUUAGUAUCAGGAAAUGAAAUAGAAACAAAGGGAAAAAAAAAAAAAAAAAAAUGAAGCACUAUCAAAAGUGCAUGACUGCUGAAUUUCAUCAUCUUCAUAAUGAUCACGCCAACUUCUUUGAGAUAAAUCUGGAAAGAGAAGCUGGUUUUCAAGUUUUAGUCUUAUUUAAUUCUACCAUGAAAGACAACAUUGGUAUGGAAAUGAAAUGUCCAACCAAACAAUGUAUGAUGUAAUGUCUAUGAUGGUAUUGUUCUUCCAAUAGAUGACAUUUUCUGUAUUUGGUUCCAUUCUAAAUAAAUGCUACUGGUGCAGAUAAAAUUUGUAGACAUGACCUAAAAUAAGUUUGGGAUUACAGUAAACCUCAGUGCUAACAGAUGUAGCCAUGCAUUUAAAUUGAUAUAUGAUGCCAUAAUAUAUUCUCACUUGGUGCCAUUUCUCACCUAAGCUCAUGUAAUGUAAUGUAUUUCCUUUCCAAUACAGUUAUGCUUAUAGGUAACUUUUAUUGAGCUUAGUUUUUCUACAGUUUUGUCCUGUGAUUCAUUAAAAUAUUCUCCAUGUUUAUAAGGAGACACAGUCAGUCAGAGUAUUUAAAUGAAGGUUGAAGGAGAAUGGCAAACAAGAUGAAAUGAGCGCAACCACUUGACUUGUGACUUGUAUUGUUAAGACAACACGUCUAAUAAGUUGCCAAAAAGGAGCUGCAAAUGUACCCAUAAAGGACAAACUACAACAUUGAAUGGAUGCUAUUAUUAUUAUUAUCAUUAUUAUUUAUAUUAUUAUUAUUAUUACUACUAAUUCUGUUUUUAACAACUGCAUACUGUAAAUACCUACUGCAUAAUCUUAACCAUAUACUCCCAUCAAAUAGAAAAAGAAAGAAAAGUAAAAGGUCCAAGUAAUGGCACAACAAUCUCCAGUUUUUGUCAUGUUACCUAUGAUUGUAAAAGGAAUAACUUUUGGUGGGAGAUGUUUAGCAAUUAUGGUGGGAGACAAUUAGUCAUUAAUGGUAUAAGACAGUUUAGUGGACUUUAAAUAUAUGCAUUUUGUAUGUAGUAGUAUUGUGUAGCACAGAUUUUUCCUCUACUGCUAGUUUUUAAAGAUUUUCUGAAAACUGUAAAGAUAGUUUUUGACAUUAAAAGAUCUGAAGUACUCAAAA